UGUAACACAUUUGUUAUUUCGAGAGCUCUUUUUGACUUUGAAGUUAUACGAAAACUUUAAAGAAUAUAUAUUUUUAACUUAGUAACGUAGUAAGCGUCGUAAAAUCAAUCAGUUCAAUUAACAAAGAGCAGAUAGUCACAGUUCACAUUUACAACUUCUCCGUUCGAAGUAUUCAAGUGCGCAACAAAAAAUAUAACCCUAUGGCGAAUACAGCUAAAAACUCAAACCAUAGUUUUGAACGUUUCGUCAAUAGCUUCGACGACCGAUAUGAGCCGUACAUACGUCAGCACCUUUUCAAAGUCUACAUGGUGCUGGCAAGCACAACUGCUGUUGCGGCAGGCGGUGCCCUACUUCAAAUGAAUAAUUACAUUGAUCUCGGGAUGCUGGCGGCAAUUGCAGGCGUGGUACUCCUUCUAGGUCUGCUUUGCUAUGAUGAUGACGAUGGCAAGAACUAUUACACACGCUUGGGAAUGUUGUACGCUUUGGGCUUUUGCUGUGGUCAAAUACUUGGUCCACCUUUGGGACACAUUGUUAGCAUUAAUCCGGCUAUUAUUUUGACGGCACUCACCGGAACAUUCGUGAUCUUUGCAUCGCUAUCAUUGGCCGCCCUUUUGUCUAAGCAGGGCAGUUUUUUAUAUCUGGGUGGCAUGCUGUUCAGCGUCCUCAAUUGCAUGUUGUUGCUGAGUCUCUUCAACAUGAUAUUUAAGUCAUACUUUGUUCAGAUUACUGAAUUGUAUGUUGGCCUUUUUGUCAAGGCCGCAUUUAUUGUAUACGACACCCAGAACAUUGUGGAGAAAUGUCGUUCGGGUAACCGCGACGCAGUUCAACAUGCAUUGGAUCUUUACAUCAACGUUCUCGGCAUAUUCUGCCGAUUGUUAAUAAUUCUAACAAAAAAGGAGGAGCAAAAAAAAGCCGAAGAAGAAGAAGCCAAGAAGAAGAAGAAGAAGUAAAAUGCUGGAUGGAUUUGGUGACAUAUAUCUAAUAUUUGUUUAGGUUUAAAUUUACAGAAGAAAUAUAAAAAUUCAUAUUUGAAUUAAG